CACAGGGAGCAAAAUCAAUCAAGAGAAUCAAUAAAAUGAUAAAGUAUUUGGUGGUAGCAUUCCUCUUGAUUGAGUUAAUCACAGCACAGAAGCAUCCUAGAAAUCCAGCCCCCCCUACAUGGUUGACAUUAACUGGGAAACAGCCUGAUGUGAUAGCAAGGGGAGGAUUUUCCGGAUUGUUUCCUGAUUCGAGUCGAUAUGCAUAUGACUUUGUGUCACAAGUGAGCUUACCUGAUUCCAUUUACUAUUGUGAUCUGCAACUAACCAAGGAUGGCGUAGGCUUCUGCCAAACAGAGUUAAAUCUUGACAAUUCUACCAAUAUAGCCAACCUCUUCCCGAAAGGCCAAAAAACAUACAAUGUUAACGGAAAAGAUAUGCGUGGAUGGUUUGCUAUUGAUUAUUUUGCAGAUCAGCUUUUACCUAAUUUAACCUCUGUCCAGAAUGUACUGACUAGACCCAAUGCUUUUGAUGGUCAACAAUUACUGAUAGUCGAAGAUGUGACCUCUAUUAGCAAACCACCUCCAAGAGUCUGGCUAAAUGUUCAGUAUGACCUGUUCUACAACCAGCACAAAAUCAGCCCAGCAUUAUACCUUCAGGAUUUGAGAUUUGCAGGAAUCAAUUACAUAUCUUCUCCUGAAAUCGGCUUCUUGAAAAGUAUAGGAGCUAAAGUGGACAAAGUCCGGACCAAACUUGUUUUGAGGUUUCUAGAACCUGAAGCAAUUGAGCCUACAACCAACCAGGCAUAUGGUGAGAUACUGAAAAACCUUGCGGCUAUAAAGCCAUUUGCUUCUGGCAUUCUGGUCCCCAAAACAUAUAUAUGGCCAGUUAACAAGGAUAUGUAUCUUAUGCCACCUUCUACUCUUGUAACUGAUGCUCACAAACAAGGCCUUGAAGUAUAUGCUUCUGGGUUCGCCAAUGAUUUCCCUGGCAGUUAUAAUUACAGCUAUGACCCAACAGCUGAGUACUUGCAGUUUAUUGAUAACGGUCAGUUUUCUGUUGAUGGUGUGCUCACAGACUUCGCUCCUACAGCAUCCGAAGCAAUUGCAUGCUUAGCACACAACAAAAAUGCUAGCAAGCCUAAGAAAGGGCACUCUUUAAUAAUUAGUCACAAUGGUGCUAGCGGAGACUAUGCAGGAUGCACUGAUCUUGCAUAUGAGAAGGCGGUCAUGGAUGGGGCUGAUAUAAUUGACUGUUCAGUCCAAAUGUCGAAGGAUGGUGUAGCAUUCUGCCUCGAUUCAGCUGACCUUUUGGGCGAUACCACUGCCAUCACUACCUUCAUGUCUCGAUCCUCCAACAUCCCUGAAAUCCAACCCAUGAAAGGAAUAUUUUCGUUUGAUCUCACUUGGAGCGAGAUCCGAAGCUUGAAACCACAACUGACGAGCCCACUGUCACAAGAUAUGGGAGGCUUGCCAAGAAAUCCAGCAAAUAAGAACAAGGGCAAAUUCUUAACCCUAGCUGAGUUUCUUAACUUUGCCAAGGCUGAAGCAGUUACUGGAGUUCUAAUCAACAUACAGAAUGCACCCUACCUAGCCUCAAAGAAAGGUCUAGACAUAGUAGGUGCUGUCACCACUGCCUUGAGCAACGCCACAUUUGACAAGCAAUCGACCCAGCAAGUUAUGAUCCAAUCAGAUGAUACCUCGGUGCUGGCAAAGUUUAAGGAAGUCCCGUCAUACCAUAGAGUCUAUGAUAUCAUGGACAUAAUAGGUGAUGCCCCAAAGCCAUCGGUGGAUGAAAUCAAGAAAUACGCAGAUGCUGUUGAUGUCCGGAGGCCCAGCAUUUUCAAAAGCACAGCCUUUUUCCUUAGUAACUUCACCAAAGUCGUCGAGGAGAUGCAUGCAGCAAAUAUCUCUGUACAUGUCUCCCCUCUAUACAAUGAGUACACCACCUUGGCAUUUGACUUUUUUGCCGAUCCUUUGGUAGAGCUAGCCACCCUUAUCGAGGCCCUCAAGGUUGAUGCAGUAGUGACUGACUACCCGGCUACAGCCAAUGCUUACUUGAGAAGCCCAUGCUCAGAUCCAAGAAAUACAAACCUAGAAUACCCGAUAAGUCCAGUGGAACCAGGGGCUUUGCUUGAAAUAGCUGCGCCACAAACACUUCCUCCAUCAGGAGCACCAGCUCCGGCUCUUGAGGCAGCCAGCAUCGUAGACCCACCUCUUCCACCAGUUUCUAAGGAGGAAAACCCAGCAGCUCCUGCACCUGCAGAUCAGAAGAAGAGUGAAAGUGGGAGGAGCACCACCAGUUUAUGUCUCUCCUUAGUGUUGGCACUGGCCCUCAGCUUGAUUCUAACAGUUCACUAACAAUGAAGUACUUGAAGGCUUUUUGCCGGAAUAUUUUGUAAAUGUUGUAUGCCCCAGUUUGAGAUUGUAACAAAAAAAAAUUCCCCCAAUCAUCGGUAAUUAUAUCUCAGUACACUUCAUACCA